UAGGCUUCUGAACAAGUCAGCUGUUGUUAUAUGUGUCAAAUCGUAAAGAAAAAUAAUGUUAGAAAAGAAAAAAACACUUCAAUUCUAACAUUUAAUAUAAUAUCAUACGUUACAUGACUUGUCUGGACAGUCAACACGAAAGCAAACAAUAUACUUAUUUAUCACGUCUGCUUUUAGUACUAUUAUUUAUUUUGCAUAUGUAUAAUUGGUAUUAUUCCCUGGGGAGCUCCUUUUAUUCAAGAACAAUGUGUACUGCAUCGGGUGUGAUAGCGAAUUCCAUAAGACAAAAAUUACAUACAGCUUUGCAAACAAAGCAUUUAGAAGUUUUAAAUGAGUCUUAUAUGCACAAUGUUCCAAAAGGUGCUGAAACUCACUUUAAAGUAGUGGUUGUUUCGGAACAAUUUGAAGGACUUGCUUUGCUUAAGAGACACCGACUCGUAAAUGAUAUACUUAAAGAAGAACUUCAGAAUGGAGUCCAUGCCUUAUCUAUUGUGGCUAAAACUCCUCAACAGUGGGAUUCUAGCGAUAAGGUCGUAGAAAGUAGUCCUAAUUGCCGAGGAGGCUUUGGAAAAUGAAACAUCAAAUAUUUUAUUUAAAUAAUAAAAAAAAAAUUAGUCUUAUUUAUUUAUUAGAAUAAAUUUUAAUCCUACCA